GUGCUGGGGAGCAGAUUGCGAGAGCUUUUCAAGGGCAAAGGGGUGAUGCUGUGAAUGAGGAAUUAUAAUGUGGGGAGUGAAUGGUACUGAAGAUGUCAAACGGGAUCCUAACAAAGACAUGGUCGAAGCUUAAGGAAGUCUCUUUGGACUGAAGCAGCAUGGGAAUCCCAGCCUCGCUUGCUGUUUACAUUGUCUUCGAGGCGGUGAUAGCUUUGAUUUCUGUAUUUGGAAAUAUACUGGUAAUCUGGGCUGUGAUUGUCAACCAAGCCCUCAGAGACACCACUUUUUUUUUCAUUGUGUCACUUGCCGUGGCUGAUAUUGCUGUAGGUGCCUUGGUCAUCCCACUCGCCAUCAUAAUUAGCAUUGGACUGGAAACAGAGUUUUAUAGCUGUCUUAUGGUGGUCUGCAUAGUCCUCAUUCUGACCCAAAGCUCCAUUUUAGCACUACUUGCCAUAGCUGUGGACAGGUAUCUUAGAGUCAGGAUCCCAACCAGUUACAGGAGUGUUGUAACAGCAAGAAGAGCAGGGAUUGCAAUCACGGGAUGUUGGGUGCUGUCCUUCCUUGUUGGCUUGGUCCCCAUGUUCGGAUGGAACAAUAUGAAUAACCUGAGAAACAAACACAACUCCACUGAGAACGGACUGAUCAUCACAUGUCAGUUUGAGACUGUGAUUAGCAUGGAAUACAUGGUCUAUUUCAAUUUCUUUGUCUGGGUCUUGCCACCACUUUUCCUAAUGCUAAUUAUUUAUUUGGAAGUCUUCCAUCUGAUUCAGAAACAACUCAACAAAAAAGUAUGUGCAAAUUCCAAAGACCCACACAAGUAUUAUGGGAAAGAACUUAAAAUUGCCAAAUCUCUGGCAUUAAUCUUGUUGCUUUUUGCUUUAAGUUGGCUCCCGCUCCACACGUUGAACUGCAUCACUUUAUUCUGCAAGACUUGUAAGACACCGAUGAUUAUUACUUAUGUUGCAAUCUUCCUGACACAUGGAAACUCUGCAAUGAACCCUAUUGUCUAUGCUUUCAGGAUUGAAAAAUUCCAAUCUACUUAUUUGUACAUCUGGAAGAAAUAUUUUUGCUGCAAACCUAGCAGGUUUAUGAACGGCAGGCAUAAUACAAUUUGUGAGAGUUCUAAAAAUGUCCUCUGAUAUGUGAAAAUAUACAUGGCUUGUUUUUGUACACUAUACUAUUCCCAAUAAUCUUAAUAACCGUUAUCUGUACAUUUGUCCACCAAUUCCAAUAAACCGGUC